CUGUCCUCCUUUCCUGGUGCAGCCUGGGAAGAGGGAAGGGGAUGAAUGUGAUCAGUGUGAGUCGCCGGAGCUCCCUCAGCCUGCUCCUUCUUACUUGUCCUUGACGGGACAAUCGGGGACGAAUAGCGAGUUAGUUUGCGUCGUCAGUUGCUGAUGCAAGGGCUGAAGUGCUGAUUUGUGCUGGGCAUCUUGGAGUGCUCUGAUGGGAGGCAGUGCCGGCUCCGGCUGGGACUGGGGAUGUUGAGUGUGGGGAGGGAGGGCCUGUUUGAGCUGGGACAGCAGCUCCAGCAGCAGGGGGAGUACCAGGCCGCCCUGCAUUGCUUUCUCAGCUGCCUGCUUGGACUGACCCACGUGCAGAGUUUCACCUCUCUGCCCAACUGCCUUCACCAGAUUGCAGAACUGUUCAUCACUGAAAAGAACUAUGGGAAGGCCCUCCAGUUCAUUCAAGCUGAAAAAAUGUUCUACGAGGUGGCGUUGAUCGAGCUCACGGCUCUACACGGGAGCACAGGGCUCCAGGAGGAGCCUUCACUGGGCUCUGCAGGAUGCGCGACCCAAGAGGAACUCUCGGAGCAAGCAUCCCAGGCAGAAAACCUGGAGCGCCUGGCCCAGCUUUGCAUCAUGAGCAAACAACCUCAUCUUGCGCUAGAGUACAGUGGAAAGGCUGCAAAAAUCCACCAGAGGGCCUUUGGUAACGACCACCCAAUAACUGCCAGAAGCCUGGAGCUCAUGGCCACAGUAUAUGCCGAGAUUGGCAAAACGGAAUAUUCAGACUCCCUGGGUCAGCGUGUGUCUGCGCUCUCCAAACGCUUCGCUGCUGCCGAGUCAAUCAGGGAAGCCGUCAACGGUUUUCCUCAGUUACAUCCGGAGAAAUACUCGGAGGUUCACCACAAAAAUAACUUUUGCCAUCAGCAGGAAGACAAAACGGAAAACAAGUUCGUCAAUGGAAGAAUUCCCACAUCCAUCCUCAAGAAGCCAAGCCCCACUCACGGGUCAGUCACAGAAGCCCUCCAAAGCCGGAAAGGCGAGCGGAGGGUUCGAUUCCGGGAGCCCGAGACUACGGUUCAUGCCUUUGUAGCCUAUGAAACGACGCCUUCCCGCCCUCACCUGUUCCUGUUCACUUGCCUGUUCCUGAUGAUGUCCUUCGUGGGCGUGGCCAUGUACUGCACAGGCCGGCGACAUCCACAACGAGUGUGCGAGCAGCUGGAGGCCGCUCUGGCUGUUUACCUGCUUCACAUGAAGCAGCUUGUUUGGGGUUGUUGGGUGUGGUUGACCAUGCAGUUAUGAAGACCAGUCACAGGACAGGACAUCCUUUGUGGUGAGACAUCCAGCUCCCACGUGUGCAAAGCUGUUGGAUUUAUUUGAUAUAUAGCUUAAAGUCCAUGAAUGAGUACGCUGAAUAUUCAAAGACAACGCAUCUGCACCAUGCGCUUGUUUGACAAUUUGGCAGACCAGUCUUUGCCAUGUUGGGUGGGACAGUGCAGCCAACACAACACAUUUAAAUCAUUAGUCACUAAACAGUGAGCACCAAACCCGCUGAAUAUUUGUUUUAUAUUUUUUUAAAUCGUCCCAUUGGAUGGGACAUCUAUAGGAGUGGAUGAGGUGUGGGGGAGGGCUGAGCGAUCGGGGACAUUUGGGUAGUCUCCAAGUGGCUCAUGUCAUGAAUCCAAUAUGCAACGAGUGCACUUCAUUUGAAGGCAAUUAAAGGAGCUACGGCGGCCCGGUAGCCCAGUGGUUAGCACGUCGGCUUCACAGUGCAGAGGUACCGGGUUCGAUUGCAGCUCCGGCCUCCCUGUGUGGAGUUUGCAUGUUCUCCCCGGGCCUGCGUGGGUUUUCUCCGGGUGCUCCGGUUUCCUCCCGCAUUCCAAAAACUUGCGUGGCAGGCUGAUUGAACACUCUAAAUUGUCCCUAGGUGUGAGUGUGAGUGUGAAUGGUUGUUCGUUUCUGUGUGCCCUGCGAUUGGCUGGCAACCGAUUCAGGGUGUCCCCUGCCUACUGCCCGAAGACAGCUGGGAUAGGCUCCAGCACGCCCCGCGAUCCUAGUGCGGAUCAAGCGGCUCGGAAGAUGAAUAAAGGAGCUGCUUUGUUUGGCCAUGAUUGAAGUCAGCUGUGACCACUCCCAGAGUGGCGCAGUACAUCCUCUCGUAGUUCCGCCGGCCUUUAUUCAUCUGAGAAAUUACCAACAUCGGGUCUAACCUGCCUCCAAGUUACGCCACACGCCGCACAGGAUUUCCACCAGUCGCUAAGAUAGAGCCAUCGGUCCUCACUAGUAAGACAAUUCACCAAUACUAGUAAUGGGUUUUUUUUUCCCACUGCUAGUGCUCGUUUUUACUAAAUUACUGUGCUGUACUAGCAACGCCAAACAGGAAUCGUGUAUUAUGUAAUAUUAGUCUUCUGGAUCCCACCCGUAGCACCAACAUAACCCAUCGUAUUGUCUCAAUAGAAGUAUGUAGUUCUACUAGGAUGUCAAAGUUGUUCUACCAAUGUGCAUUAAUGUCACACAUUAGUGGAAACAAAUUACUAUGAAAUACGGACAUUCUAUGAGUGUGUUUAUUUUUCUUAUUAGUGAAGGCAAAGUGCAUCCUAGUACAUGGACCUUAAGCUGGAUAACAAGGAUAUCGAAUAAAUGCUCAAAUGUAUUUUCAUACCCGCACUGAUGCUCAUGUGUAUGUGACGUAUGCAUGAACACCUCAAUGGUGUCGCUCCGGCUUGUUGCUCCUAUUCGUCCAAUUUUGCACAUUUACUCUCACAUUUUCCUUGCCACACUUGAUUCCGCAGCUGCCCUCUAUUGUACGGAUUGUAUAAUUGUAUGAUGCAAGUAUUUAUUUUUGUACAGUACAUGAUUUGUGUAUAGAUGACAUGAAACUGAAUGUGUCAGUAACAAAUAUCAUAAGAUUCUGCUUUAUACUUGUCCUUUAAUAAAGGUAAAUAAUAUUCAAUU